CUUUCAAGUUGCAAUACACUCACAGUUUCUACUACCAGACUCUAAUUUUAUUUGUAAUUGUCUAAAGCUGUCUUGAUAUCAAUUUGCUCAUUCAAGUAGAGUGGCAAGUUAAUGAUCAAGUUUAAACAGCUGAUCACAUAGCUUUGCAAACAUAUGACAUGCAAUUGUCGGGAAUAUGAAUGUUUCGUUAUAAUCAUGGAUUGAUAUCAAAAUAUAUGUAUAAUAUGUCAAUCCAUUAUAUUAUUAAUUUCGUGCAACAUUUUGAAGAACUUUAAGCGAUUUCCAUGACAACGCCAUCUAAAAACUAAAACUUACCGAUCUAAACAGGAUUAAUCAAUUUAUAUCAAUUUUGACAAGUAGCUUUUGUGAUCAACUUAAAAGCAAGUUCUUGAUCGUGUAACUGCAGCGUAAAGAUCUACUAUGUAAGGAUCUACUAAAAGAUAUACUAUGUAAGGGCUGCUGGAUUUAGCAGCAAACGCAGUUCUAGUAAGAGUGUUGCCGUGUAAGAAGCAAUUGAGAUUAUGUAAGAAGUUGUAAACUAGGAUAAUGAGUAGUAAAGCGUUAAGUUGUUGGAAUUAGAAAUAGAGAUAAUAGCCAUUAUAUUGGGAUAGUGAACGAACUCAGGAGGGAGUUACAAGUUAGACGGUUUAUCAAGAAAUCCGUUACAAUAUCUUUCAAUCGAUCAUUUUGCUUCAGAAUGGAAUGUCUUCACAGGCAAUAAUAAUUAGCUCUAAUUUUGAUUUUGGUACUUUAACAUUCAGCUUUAAUUUAUAACAAAAAAUCGACAACAUAUACAAUGUGUUUCUGUUGAUUUUUGGUUUGCAGUGUGCAUUGCAAGUUAGCAUAGUGUGAUGCAAUCCACGAACUAACGAUUUUUUCCAGAUAACAAAUGCCCAAUAAUGAUAAUUUUGUUGCAGUAAGAUUUUAACCUAUUGACUGGAAAUAGUUAUUGCCUGUGUAUAUGCGGCAUUAUGUUGUUUCCGUUAGUUGCAAAUAAUGCCAAAUAGAUAAAGCAUUUACGAAUAUGUGAAGUAACCCUCAAUAAAUUUUAGUAAAUAAUUACGUACUCUCUCUAUCAUGUAUAUUGCUAAUUAAAUUAAUGAAAAUAUAAUAAAAAAUUAUGUGAAAGGAUUAAUAUUAAGCGCCCAAAAAAUGCAAUUGUGCACUAUAAUUAUUGAUUUUUAGCAUGGAUCACAACCAAUAUUUCGUCAGCUGUUAUAAAAAAUUCAAUAAUGCUUAACAAAACAAACAUCCUACAAAUUUCCCAAAGUUAAUUAAUUAUUGAUUAAAUAUUAAAAUUAUUACCUCUACCAAAGGGAGAAGUUUUAUAAUGCAUUUGUUGUUCUAACAUAAACCAUUAUAUUGUUAAUAGAAGUGCACCGAAGCAUAACAGGUUAAGAAACUGUUUAGAUCACACAUGUAAAUAAAUAUCAAAUGUCGUCGAUAUCAGAUGACGACUUAGACAAGAGAGGAGCUGGUGCGCUUGUCGACUUCAUUAAACUGGGUGCUGAAGAUGAUGGCCAAUCUUAUAAUGCGUAUCAAAAAUCAGUUCUAAUGAAUAAUUCAGAUGGAUUUUAUUGUGCUGAUUACCGUUUGGAUCAAUAUGCUGUGGAUGUAGCUGACUUUAGCUCUCAGUAUGGCAGUGAUUAUAGUAUUUCCUAUACUGCUACUAAUAUUACCGGAAAACCACGAAAGUAUCCAGAAUACGGUGAUUUCCCGGAAACAUACGCUAUGCGAACAUAUGGAGAUUGGUGGGAAAAAGCCCCAAGCUCUGUUCACGAGAUUCAGCCACAAAAUAUUCCAAAAAUACCUGCUCAAGAUUAUAUAGUUAUUUAUUUUGAGGAAUAUGUUAUUCCGGAAGAGAUUGCGAUAUUUGAAACUUUCAAUCCGGGAGCUUUAAUUCGAAUCUGGGCAUAUACCAUAACCAAGAGCUGGAUUUGUUUAUGGGAAACUGAAAAAUUAUAUAUGCCACCACUUCAGGCCGUCAACAAAUCCCGCCGCUUUUCCCCACAGCUGAAAAAAGAGAACUUUCCUACGAGAACUAUUCGCCUUGAAUUUAAUCAUUCACUACUACACUAUUUAACGGAGAUUGAUGCAGUUUUACUUCGGGGUAGGAAGGUGAAUAUUGAAAGCAUUCAACGAAUUUUGGAUUGUUACAAAAGUCAUCAAAAAUGUUCCAUAUUACGAAAGUUACAACAAAUUCAUUUUCGUCCAAAUAUCAAAGAAAAUUAUCAUAAUCAUUUGAGGGAAUUUUUUACGAACGAUUUAAAUGAAUUCAUUAACGUUUUAAACCGAGAUACGGAAGUCAUGAAAAGCGAUGUAACGGCCGAAUAUAGUUGUACAAAUAUUGGUUUCAAGGAUAUGCCGUUUGAAAUUAUAUUGAAAAUAUUCAGCUAUUUGGAUUUGAAAUCGUUAUUUCUAGUAGGACAAGUUUCCAAGUCUUUUUAUGAUGUAUCUACACACCCUUUGCUGUAUAGUGAAUUAAAUUUAAAACCUUAUUGGCACAUUGCAUCAAGUGAUAUGUUAUGCACUUUGGCAAAGAGAGCAACAGUGUUAAAGAAAUUGGAUUUGUCAUGGUGUGGCUUAUUCAAUACAAUUUCUCCUACAGAGUUUAAGAAAUUUAUACAACAGCGGGGAGACAAUCUUAUAUGCUUAAGAUUAGAUUCUUGUAAAAUGUUAAAUGCAAGCUGUAUUGAAACAUUGGGAAUUGUGUGUGAUAACUUAAGAGAGCUUUCACUGCGAAAUUGUUCUACAGAUCCACCCUUGCUUAAUUUCUCAUGCUUGGCGAAUCUGAAGAACCUUGAAAGAUUAGAUCUCUUUCAAACUGUAAUCGAACCAGAAUUGAUGUUAACCAUGUUGGAAAACAAUCGUAAAUUGAAACAUCUAAAUUUAGCAUAUUGCGGUAUAGCUGUUAACAUGGAUAAUGUAGCUCAACAUAUAGGACAAUACAAUCAAAGUUUGAUCUCUUUGGAUUUGUGGAAAUCACGUUUUCUAUCGGCUGCUGGUUUGGAGGCCUUAUCGAAAUGCACUGAGUUGGAAGAAGUUGAUUUUGGUUGGUGUUUACGCGAAGUAUCUCUUGGUGACAGUCUGAAAAAAUUACUAUUAAAUUGUACUAAACUAAAAAAACUGUUUUUGGCCACUGUGCGUGGAAUUACGGAUCGAGAUGUGGAGAAUAUAGCAAACUUUUGUAGCAAUUUAGAACAAUUGGAUCUGAUGGGGGUUUCAGGGAUAACAAAAGACCGUUAUUAUGAAAUUUUAGUGAAAUGUAGAAAACUGCAACUUCUCGAUUUAAGUUUCUGUGAUAAUAUCAGCAGUGAAGAGAUUGCAUUUUGGUCUCGAACUUUUCAGGUUAAUAUUAAAUGUAGUCAUUUUCCAGACGUGCCUAACGAUAUAAGAUAUUAAUUUAAAGUGUAUUCAAUGCAUGUUUUUAAGAGAACUGGAUUUAAUAAGUGUUGAAUAUAUUUACAUAUAUAUUAUUGAUAAUAUUUAAAAUAAAUGUUAAUAAAACUGCA